AUUGUUUGUUUUCCACUUCCACAACACAAGGCAGCGCAUGAUUUUCGCAGUCACUGGCGGCGCUACCGUUCUUCUAAAGUACUCACUUUGUUAAGGCUUUCAACGGCUUUAAAGCCCAUUGUAAUUCGUCAAAUAUUGUUUAGAUGAUCUUGUAAAAAUACCAGCCGAAGAAUGGCCCACCACUAUGUCGUUACGGCACACAAGCCAACAGCAGUCACUGCAUGUGUGACCGGAAACUUUACAUCACCUGAUGACUUAAAUCUGAUUCUUGCUAAAAACACAAGAUUAGAAAUAUAUCUUGUGACACCAGAAGGCUUGCGGCCUUUGAAAGAAGUUGGUCUCUAUGGAAAAGUGGCUGUAAUGAAAUUUUUCAGACCACCUCAUGAAAAAAAAGAUUUACUAUUCAUUGUCACUAAACGAUACAAUGCAAUGAUUCUGGAGUGUCAUGGAGACAUUGAAAACCUAGAAAUUAUAACAAAAGCUCAUGGUAAUGUAGCUGACCGCAUCGGCAAGCCCUCAGAAACUGGAAUCAUAGCAGUCAUUGACCCAGAAGCCCGUGUUAUUGGUCUGAGACUCUAUGAUGGUCUGUUGAAGAUUAUUCCUCUAGACCGGGAUAAUAGUGAAUUGAAAGCAUCUUCAAUUAGAAUGGAAGAGCUAAGUGUACAAGAUUUGGCUUUUCUUCAUGGCUGCCAAAACCCCACUAUCAUUCUAAUUCACCAAGAUCUUCAUGGUAGACAUAUUAAAACCCAUGAAAUUUCAUUAAGGGAUAAGGAAUUUGUAAAGAUUCCAUGGAAGCAAGACAAUGUUGAAACAGAAGCAGCCAUGGUUAUUCCAGUUCCUGAGCCUCUGGGUGGUGCUAUAAUUAUAGGGCAAGAAUUAAUUCUCUAUCACAAUGGUAAUACUUCCGUUGCUGUUGCACCUCCAAUCAUCAAGCAAAGUACAAUUGUUUGUUAUGCUCAAGUGGAUUCUAAUGGAUCCAGAUACUUACUGGGUGAUAUGGCUGGAAGACUGUUUAUGCUGCUACUUGAAAAAGAAGAGAAAAUGGAUGGAACUUUUACUGUAAAAGACCCCAAGGUUGAGCUUCUAGGUGAAAUCAGUAUUCCCGAGGCAAUCACAUACCUGGAUAAUGGGGUGCUUUUUAUUGGAUCUCGUAUUGGGGAUUCUCAACUUAUUAAACUUAACAAAACUCCGGAUGAAAAUGGUUCUUAUGUUAGUGUGAUGGAAACAUUCACAAACCUAGCACCCAUUGUUGAUAUGGUUGUUGUUGACCUGGAAAGGCAAGGUCAAGGUCAGCUUGUUACUUGUUCAGGCUCAUUCAAGGAGGGAUCUUUGAGAAUCAUCAGAAAUGGAAUUGGCAUCCAAGAACAUGCAUCUAUUGAUUUACCCGGAAUUAAAGGCAUGUGGGCAUUAAGAACAAACUCCAACAGCCGCUUUGACAAUACCCUAAUUUUGUCGUUUGUGGGGCAAACUCGGGUUUUAACUUUAACUGGAGAAGAAGUGGAAGAAACUGAAAUUCCCGGAUUCUUGUCUGAUCAGCAAUCAUUUUACUGUGGAAAUGUUGAUCAUGACCAAAUAAUCCAGGUGACACCAUCUUCAGCACGUUUGCUUUCCAUGUCAACCAAACAGCUUGUCAGCGAGUGGAAGCAGCCUUCAGAAAAGAGUAUUAGUGUUGUGGCAUGCAAUCCAUCUCAAGUUAUUUGUGCAACCGGAAGUGACUUGUACUACCUUGAAAUACUUGAAGGAGAACUAGUUCAAAAAGGGCAUGUUACAUUAGAGCAUGAAGUGGCUUGUUUGGAUAUAACUCCACUGCAGGAAGGUGCAACAUCGGCACAAUUAGUGGCAGUGGGUUUGUGGACUGACAUUACAGCUCGCAUUCUCCGUUUGCCAAAUUUAGAGGAAGUUAACCGUGAAAGUCUAGGUGGAGAAAUCAUACCAAGAUCAAUUCUCAUGACGUGCUUUGAGGGCAGCAACUAUUUGCUGUGUGCGUUGGGUGAUGGCGCUAUGUUCUACUUUUCUCUUAGUAAGACUGGGAUAUUGACUGAGAAAAAGAAGGUGACUCUUGGUACCCAACCAACUGUGCUUCGAACCUUCCGCUCACUCUCUACAACAAAUGUUUUUGCUUGCUCUGAUAGACCAACUGUAAUUUAUUCUUCCAAUCAUAAAUUGGUUUUUUCUAAUGUUAAUCUUAAGGAGGUGAAUCAUAUGUGCUCUCUCAAUGCUGAAUCCUACCCAGACAGCUUGGCUCUGGCAACAGACAGCACAGUUACCAUCGGAACUAUUGAUGAAAUUCAGAAACUUCAUAUUCGAUCUGUGCCUUUGGGUGAAUCUCCCCGGAGAAUAGCAUAUCAAGAAAGCUCACAAACUUUUGGUGUGAUUUCAAUGAGGAUGGAUGUUCAAGACAGUGGUGGAGUGCAGCCAGCUCGGCCAAGUGCUUCCACUCAAACUCAGAGCACUUCUGUUAGCUCAUCGCUUUUUAAAACUGCUUCAGUUGGUGCUGUUAACUUAUCAACAGACCAUGGUCAAGAAGUUGAGAUACACAAUCUUUUGAUUAUUGAUCAACAUACGUUUGAGGUCCUUCAUGCUCACCAGUUUAUGCAAACAGAAUAUGCACUUUCUUUACUGUCCUGCAAGUUGGGAGAUGAUCCAACAACUUACUAUAUUGUUGGAACAGCCUAUAUAAAUCCAGAAGAAAGUGAACCAAAGUUUGGUAGGAUUCUUAUAUUCCAGUACCAAGACAACAAGUUGACUCAGGUUCAUGAGAAAGAUAUAAAAGGAGCUUGCUUUUCAUUAGUUGAGUUUAAUGGGAAGUUACUUACAAGCAUCAAUAGCACUGUUCGUUUGUUUGAAUGGACAACAGAGAAAGAGCUUAGAUUGGAAUGUACUCAUUUCAACAAUAUUAUUGCUUUGUAUCUUAAAACCAAAGGUGACUUUCUUCUAGUAGGUGAUCUCAUGCGAUCAAUGACACUUCUACAGUAUAAAACAAUGGAAGGCAGCUUUGAAGAGAUUGCAAGAGAUUACAACCCAAAUUGGAUGACCGCAAUUGAGAUACUGGAUGAUGACACAUUUUUGGGUGCAGAAAACUUUGCAAACUUAUUUGUGUGCCAGAAAGACAGUGCUGCUACCACUGAUGAAGAGCGACAGCAAAUGCAAGCUGUUGGCCAAUUUCACUUGGGAGACAUGGUCAAUGUUUUCAGACAUGGCUCACUGGUCAUGCAGCACGUUGGUGAAACGUCAACUCCAACUCAAGGUUGCGUGCUUUUUGGCACAGUCAGUGGAGCUAUAGGCUUAGUAACACAAAUUCCUGCUGAUUUUUAUGAAUUUCUCCACGAAGUUGAAGAAAGGCUCUCCCAAGUCAUUAAAUCCGUGGGUAAAAUUGAGCAUAACUUUUGGCGCAGCUUCAACACAGAAAUUAAAACUGAACCUUGUGAAGGUUUCAUUGAUGGAGACUUGGUUGAGAGUUUCCUUGAUUUAACUCAAGAUAAAAUGAAGGAGGUGGUCACUGGAGUUCAGAUUGACAAUGGAUCUGGAAUGAAGCAAGAUGCAACUGUGGAAGACUUGGUCAAAACUGUUGAAGAUUUAACAAGGAUACACUAGUUGUGGUGAUGUAGACAUUUUGAAUGAUUUCUUGGAGUUCUUUCUGCUUCUGAGACCUGUAAUGAAAUCCUGGAAUCCUUAAACUUUAAUUAAUUUGUAAAUAUGAAAGUCUUUGCCCUGUAAGUUUUAAUUAUAGACUACACAAGAAUUGGUUGCUGAAAGGAAUCUUUGAAAUCAUGUGUACUAUUUUAUAGUUUCUAAUUUAAAUACACUCAAGUGUAUUUUGAUACUUCUCCCCUCCCCUCUCCCCUCUAUUUGAGAUCCUUUCUUUAUUGUACCUUAUUGUGAGGCUUUGAACAAUUUGCCCUGUUUUGCCCUCUUUAUUAUGCCCUCUGCAGUUGUUUUAAAAUAUUUCUGUUGUUGGUUUUACUAUCUUAGGGAUGUACAGUGUAUACUUGAAGUUGGUGCUGUGCCUGCUGUAAUAGUGUCUCAUCUUGCAUUCAAUUAACAGUUUUAGUUUACUAGUCUAGCCGUAAAAGGAAAGGAAAGGAGAACCUGGGCCUUCAAAAUAAACAUACAACUGCUGAAACAUGAGCCUUUUACAUUCUAUGUUGAAUGAAAGGCAAAAUGAAAUGGUCAUGGUAAUAAUAAAAUCAUGUGCUCUUUCCAACUUA